GCCGCCGACACCGCCAGCGCACGACGCCGCCCGGCGCGCGCGGACGCUCCGGAACCGCCACGGCUGACAGCGGCUGUCUCGCCUGCUCUCGUGCAGUCUGAUUACAGAGGCUGGAACAUCUCGGCAUCAUCACGCCUUGACUGAAGAAGCCAGAACACGUUAACUCAGAGAUGUGUUUACCAAACAUUCCUCCGUAUUCUGUUUUUCUCGUGUAUUUGUCAUCAUAGUGAAACGAUAAAAGUGAAGUCAUUGCAGUCUGAAUGUAGACAGCAUACGACAGUUUACUGAAGUUACGAGAAAGCAAAUAACUUAAGCAACGAGAUUAUAUUCUGUACCGAAGUCAUCAGGUGGACAAAUGUAGUGAAUUUAAGAGCUCUAUAUGCCCCGUAAUUGAAUGUCACAGAAAGAAAUUGUUUUUGGUACUAUAUAUCAUUAUAAUGUAAAAAAAUAUCUCUCCACAAGUAACUUGGACUGCAGAAAUGAUAUUGUACAGAAUGGCAACAAGAAGACAUAUUUUCAUAGAGGAUGAGUCGUACUGUUGUAAGUCUUACGUCCUCCAAGUGAUGAAGAUCUCAAUGUUAUUCCACAGCUUGCGAGGAAAUGAAGCUAUACUUUGAGGAAGAUAAUAUUACUCCGUUUGGCAUAUCAUGCAGUAGGUAGGAUUAUGUACAUAUCUGCUGAAAUGUCUUCCAAGUAAGUAUGUACACUGUACAACUGAGGCACUCGUCAGUAUUCUGAAACUUAGCAACUGGAGACUUGUCAUUUGAAAACUUAUUACCUCUUCCAAGGCGUCUUCUCCCCACAGUACAUCCAAAUACGAGUAACUUCCAUAUCAAUAAGAGAUAACUAGAAACAUUUUUGUAGCGGGUCGUCUGUGACUUAAAGGUUUUUACUGGCGUACUCUGGAGAAAGUACCACCAUUUCCGUAGAGACUUGUAAAACUGUCGAUAGAUAUUUCUGCAGAAUGACAGAGAACGAAACAGGCUACUACAGCCAAUGGGAAAGCAGUCUGAACGAGAGCAAUACGUCGGAGGCAACUACAUCGUCACCACUGUACCUGGCCUGGUGGACACUGUCAUCGUCCUCUAAUGUCACAGCGACGACGCUGGUGGUCAACGCCUCCACUCCAGACUUCUCUCUGGACGAGGAUGGCAACGCCACCGAGGGGCAGAACUGCACCAACGACUACUGCAUCCCAGACAUCGACUACUGGAACAUGGUGUACCAGCACGUGUACCCCAAGGACUACGAGUGGAUCCUGAUCGCGAUGCACUCGCUCGUCUUCGUGGCGGGGCUGGUGGGCAACGCGCUCGUGUGCCUCGCGGUGUACCGGAACCACGCCAUGCGUACCGUCACCAACUACUUCAUCGUGAACCUCGCGGUCGCCGACUUCAUGGUGAUCCUCUUCUGCCUGCCGCCCACCGUGCUCUGGGACGUCACCGAGACGUGGUUCAUGGGGACAGGCCUCUGCAAAGUCGUGCUCUACUUGCAGGUAAGGCGUUCUCUUUCCUGUUCCAGCAGCUCUACUCCUACAUCUGUAUAA